AUGAUUGAUGGUUUUCUGGAGUGUCGAUGCGUCGACAAUGUGGCAAGUGAGGAGGAGGAGAUGGUGGGGCAGGCGAAAGGGAGGUCGACAUGGACUAUCAACAAUCAGGUUCCGAAUCCUUCCUACGUGCCCUAUGGUAUCGAUGGACCACGAAUUAGCAUCACUGGCGCCUCUUCAGUGCUCAUGAGGUACGUCUCGCUGCUGAAAACCGACACCUCCUACCCCCUGAAGAUCUUGUACUCAGUGCAUAAGGAGUUUUGCGGCUAUCGUGUUCACAUGCUUAUGCCGCCGCCAUCACCGCUGCAAGACAUAAUUAAGGGUCCACUGGCAACACAAUUGGUGAGACUUAAUGCUUGCACAAUGUUGGUGAGUGCUGACAUUGCUCUGAUUGCGCCUUGUCUGUCUCAAACAGUGCGCUGCACUGGCAUAAUGGAAGGCCUUACAAAUGACACUGGUAAAUUGGACCGGAGAAGCAUAACAAAUGGUGAAGACUCAGGGUCACAUAGCGUCGUGUUGAAAGCACGUCCGUCAACAAUGUCGAUGGAGGAAAAGAAUACCAUCAUUACUACCGUCUCAACGGGCUCUAUCGAUCGGUUUACCUCUAAUAGUAAUGAUGAUGUACAAAAGGUAGACGUUGAAAAGGAAACAGUCUUGGAUGUGGUUCGUAAGCCCCUGUCGCCUAGCAUGGUAUAUUGCGGUGGACCCCCUCCGACUAGACAAAAUCUCACCUUAAAUGGUGCUACAGAGUCCGUGGUAUCUCCCCAUGACAAUGUUGAUGGCGAAUCUCCGCUGGAUGGUGUGAACAUUUGCAUCGCUGCCGAUGAGCUGCCAUCAAAGAAACGAAAGUCAACCAACCGACCGUUAAACAUACCUCGGUUUUACCCGAUCCACAAGCUGUCCUCCCUUUCGGCGCCCUAUCAACAGCCCAUCAAGGCGAAUCAGCCAGUUCACCUUUAUGUCUGGCAAAUGCCAUUGGCGGAAGAGGUCGCUUCUCUCAUCAAAGUGAAUGCAGCGUACUUCCGGUACACCGAUCAGACGAUCGGUCUCCUCUUCUCCAAGCCCAUUUCAAAGCCUUUUGGGUGCGUGGAGACAGGGUUGAAUUUGGCAUCGAGGCCAGCCACAUUGGCUGCAUCAUGGCUAGCGGUAUGUUGA